CCGUUACCACCACCAUCACGACGCUCUUCUAGGACCAGAAAAACUUGACAAGGUUCAGAUCUUUGUUCCUUUAAAAUUCAAUCGACAAGUUGGUGAUUCUGUGGGUAAUAAUUAUAUAUUCAUCCAAGAGAAAACUGCAGUUGACAGAGAAGAAGAAGUAGAUGGCGAAAUCAACGACCACAGCUAGCAGCACUGCAAAGGAUGCUCAAGCACUUUUUCAUUCUCUUCGAUCGUCUUACGUCGCCACACCCACAAAUCUUAAGAUCAUAGAUCUGUAUGUUCUUUUUGCUAUUUUCACAGCUCUGAUUCAGAUUUGUUAUAUGGCAAUCGUCGGAUCGUUCCCAUUCAACUCUUUCCUCUCAGGAGUACUUUCUUGUGUUGGCACAGCAGUUCUAGCAGUUUGUCUCCGUAUCCAAGUUAACAAAGAAAACAAGGAAUUUAAGGAUUUAGCCCCGGAGCGUGCCUUUGCUGAUUUUGUGCUAUGCAAUCUGGUUCUGCAUUUGGUGAUCAUGAACUUCCUUGGAUAGGCAGUUGCGUUAUCAGGUGUAUGAAGAUAUGAGCCAUAAGUUGAUUGACAGGAUCUCUAAAAAUAAAGUUUUCAAAUAAAUUAUCUUGUUAAGCGGUUUUGAUCAUAUUUUGUAGAUGGAUAUAGAUGGGUUCACUCCGUUUCUGACAUUUUUCUUAGUAUCUAUACAAAUCUUUCAUAUCUAGCACUUUGUGUAGAUUAUUAUGUAUACAUAUCUAGCACUCCAUGUAGACAGUUCAAGUUUUCUUUUUCCAGUUAUUUCAAUGAUUCCUUUGGAAAUUGUGCCAGAUGGACGCAAUAAUCAUAAUUAUCUUUAGAGUGA